GUUUGUUUCCGGGCCGCGCUGCGGAGCGGCGCUGCGCCGGCCCGGCCCGCGGCCAUGGACGAGGACGGGCUGCCCAUCGUGGGCUCCGGCAUCGACCUCACCAAGGUUCCUGCUAUUCAGCAGAAAAGAACUGUAGCAUUUCUAAACCAGUUUGUUGUUCACACAGUGCAGUUUCUGAACCGCUUUUCUACUGUUUGUGAAGAGAAAUUGUCAGCGCUCUCUCUCCGUAUCCAACAAAUUGAAACCACACUCAAUAUUCUGGAUGCAAAGUUAUCCUCGAUUCCUGGCCUAGAAGAUGUCAAAUUUGAAGUUUCCAGUGCAGAUGUGAACAGUGUUACAAAUGGUCCUGUGGCACAGGCUGCUACAGAUCAACAGACAGCUGGAUCACCUCAAUCUGGACAGAACAAUACACAAGAGGAAGGGUUACAGAAGACGGAGGUAGUAACAGAAAAUGUCACAACUGUGGCCAAGGAUCCAAGAUAUGCCAGAUACCUCAAAAUGGUACAAGUGGGUGUUCCUGUAAUGGCAAUACGAAACAAAAUGAUUUCUGAGGGGCUAAAUCCAGAUCUUCUUGAGACACCAGAUGCCCCUGUGCCUGCCUGGGGAGAUGAUGGCAAAACAGAAGACAGUUCUGAUAGUGAAUCUUCAUUCAGUGACUGAAGAGACUGGUUCCAACCCAUGUAAACCUUUGUUAAGUGCUCAUGUGUUUGGAGCUUUGGCAGAUAAUGGUUUUGCGUGGAUCACACGGAUGACGUGGCAUGGUUUGUCUGAUGGUGUUUUAAGAACUAAGAUCCUUCAUAUUCUAUUCUGGAAAGUCUGAACAGGCAGCAUGUUUCAACCUGAACCCUUCCCCCAUGAAAAUGAAUCAUGAGAUCCUUGCAGUUUUCAUGCUGCAUCAUGGCAGAUUCAUUUCUGUUUCUGCUGAAAUUACUUUGUAGGGUUUUAAAAAUCCCACACCUCUAAACCUCCAUGUCUCUAAAACUGCAUUCUGGUCAUUGUUAGAUUUUCCGUGUAACACAUUUAACCUACAUUGCCUUCUUUCUGCCCCAUAACUUAAAGGUUUAACUUUGAAAAAUUGAAGUGUUUCAUUGAUAAACUGUACCUUUUUUGCAAUAUCCUGUAUCUGCAGUGAUGCUACAAGAAAUACAUAAAAGUCAGCUCUUUUGGUGAUUGUAAGUCAGUGAUACUCAGAUUUGAGAAUAACUAAAAUACAAGUGAAAAAUAUAUUAAAAGCCAUUUUGAAUCUAUUUUCAAAGCAUAUACUGCUAUUCAGUGCCACAUUAGAGCCUGUAUGACGCCGUUAAAGGAACUUCUACUCUUGAAGGGUUGAUUUAUCCAAUUCAGGUUGCAGUGUUAUAGAAAGGUACAAACAUGGCAAGAUUGAUUUGAUAAUGACACUGGGGAAAAAAGCAAGGGACUGAAAGAUCAUUAAUGGAAUCUCACUACUUGUUCACUGUUAUGUAGGUCAGUUGAAACCAUUUUCUGACUUAAUUGGCCUUACUCAAAAGAAACUGUGGCUGAACAGUUUGCUUAGGGUGAGAAAUCAUCUCCAAGUUGGUGCAUUUGCUGAUAAUUUAAUCAAAGAAGCUAAAAUUCAGGUUGUAUAAUGAUAAAACUACCUUGGCACCUAAUUGAGAAACAAUAUAAAGAAAUGCCUGAUGUGCCCUGAAGAUUCCCCUCAAAAUGACUUGAUGUACUCCUUGACUUAAAAAUUUUAUUUCAUUAAAGAAUCUCCUUUAAUACAAUUUGUUCCACAUGAAAUCCUUUGCAAUCUGUUUGAAUUCCCCAGAUUGUAGAGAUUACACCAGAAUGCUGUGUCCUAGGCAGUCAUUAACUUUCUGGUAUUUGACAUUUGUGCUGUGACCAAGAGAAGACUAAAACUGAAGUUCCAAGUGUGUUAGCCUUUAUGACUGGGUCAAUACCUUCUCUCUUAGUUAUUUGUGCCACUUCAGUAGGUUAUAAGCUUUUCUUUUACCCUGCAGCUUAAGCAUGGCUCCCAUUUCAGCCUAGUAGACAUAUGCUCUCCAUAACCUGUAAAUCAGAGUAAUGCCUUAAUCCCUACAAAAGCAUAUAUGCACUGGAGAUUGUCUAGAGAUGGUAUUUCAGUGAUGGGUUAAUUAUCAUUGAACACUUAAAAAAUGUACUUAAUAGUUAACACUUAGUAAAACACAAAAAAUAUUAAUGUAUUAGCAAUAGGUAUUUCAAAUGUAAAUGUGAUAAUGUUAUAUCAGAAUGUAUAUAUUGAAACACUCAAGACUUUUUAAAAUCUAAAUUUGAAAACUCAUUUAAGCAGUCUGUAAAAUAAAAGCUAUACUUUGUAAACCAAAGUUAUGGUUUUAUUUUCUUCCUAUAUCUUGUUCUAAACAAGACAGUGAAAAUUCUUCCAAAGUCUCUGCAAUUCAUGUUUCUCUAGAAUGAGCUUUGCUGAAGUUGUAUCAGCCUGCUAACCAAAGGGAAGAGUUUGGAAAUUGGGGUUUGGAGUUAAUGUUAAUCCAUGUACCCCAUAGUGGCACUCUGACUACAGGAGAACUGAGCAUCACAUAGCCACUGUUAUAAGAAGCAAAUUUAAGAAAGGCUGAAAUUAAUGUGUAUUUUAUGUUUUAUACUUCUGAACUGACAUGGACCUAUGUAAGGAAGUAGCAUGAUUUAAAGAGUUGAAUUGAGACAUAGUAGUUAAUUAUUUUUCUUAAGAAAAAAGUAAGGUUGCCAAAAGACAUUUAAGAAGAUACAGCUUCAGUUGUUUAACAUUCUGAAGAAACUUUUCUUUUAAAAUAAUUUUAGAUUGAAAAGAAAAAACUAAAAUCAAUUGUCUUUUACACCACUGCAGAUGCACUUUUAUAUGGAAUGAAAAAGAAAGCUUCUGGCCUACAGACACUUGAUAAAAUAAGGGAUAAUUAAUCAGUAAUUAUAUAUGUCACAGAAUAAACUGUUUCAUUAAUAGAGAUUGUGAAUUUAAAUGCUUAGGAAUUGUAUGAUCUUUUCAGGGUAGAUGACUUUGGAGUAUUGCAGUGUUAGUAAACUUGCAGAAACAAUAAUAAAAAUCUUGCCACUUUG